CUAAGAAACAAAUUAGUAUCUAAUAUUUUUAUAACUAAUACAUUAGUAAUUUAUGUAAAAAAAGUUAAAAACUUACUUGUUUCCAAGUAUUUCAGAUUGGUAAAUAGAAUCAACGAUAGCAGCAUCAUAAGAUGAUGUACGAUUCUUCUGAUCUUACUUUCAAGGAUUUUUCCGACAAUUUAGAUCUUGGUCAUAGAUUGGAUGCUGACGAUAUUAUAUUUAACCACGAUCCACAAGAUUCUUCAACAACAAAUGGUCAAGAUCUAUUAACAGCAAAUCUCGAUGGAACUCUAUCUACUGUAGGACAAAACUUUAAUUUAAAUACGCGAAGACCUAGUUAUUGCUUAAAUCUAGCAAGUAACUUGGGUAUAACUGAUGUGGAUACAAUAUUCUAUGACGAUUUAGACGGGGUUAACACAGUUCAAACCGAAAAUAUAUGUUUUAACGAUUCACCUACAUUGCUAGAUGAAAAUACUGUUAACGAAUUUCUUUUACCGAUAAACGAGUCAGCUAAUGCUAAGGAUUAUACGAACAAUGGUCCAGAUCUUUUAGCAUUAUACUCUUGUGUUAUAUGUCACGAUAUAUUCACAACUGAAGCAGAUCUUCUAGAUCAUACAAUAUUUUUCCAUGCCUCAGACCGUCCAAGAGAUAAUUCUAAAGUGACUUCAAAUAAUGAAGAACUUCCUACAGAAAACGUAUCAGAGCUUUCAAAUGGCACAAGUUUCGAAGCUGACUGGCUCGUUUGCUGUUUGUGUGAACGCGUAUUAUCAACAGCUCUGGAAUGUCCUCCGAAUGAACAGCUAUGCUGCCUGAGUAAUGAUGGCAAGAACUGCGUGUUACCUCGUAAACUUAGCACUAUGUUUGUUUGUGACAUGUGCAGCUAUCUGUAUGCUGAUGCUGAAGCUUUGGAUCGUCAUAAGAUUUCGUGUUUGGUUCAAGAUGAUAAAAUUACACUUAACGAUUUCGGAGCAGUAAGCGCGCAAGAUACUGAAUCAUUCGAAUUAUGGUGUAACUUAUGUAGUACGCAGUUCGCGACCAAAGAAGAUUUAUUUAAACACAAUGAGAGUCACCGCUCUAGUAAGAGUCGACGAGGAUACACUCCAUCCAGUAAUAAAAUGUGGAAUUGUGGAUCUUGUAACCAAUUAUUUGCUACCGCAAGAGAGCUGUACCGACAUAAGCGUGGUGAAGAUCGACCGCCGGGAAGUCCUCUGUUGGCGUACGUCUGCGAAGAGUGCGAUAAGGUCCUUGGAAGUAUGUGCGCCUUGCACACUCACAAGAAGAUGCACAAAGUGUCAAAGCCCGGGUACCCGUGCAAGGUGUGUGGCAGGCGCUUCAAUCAAUCCGGACACCUGGCCAUCCAUAUGAGGAUGCAUACUGGAGAGAGGCCGUACCUCUGCGACCUGUGUCCGAAGGCUUUUAAAGUUAAGGUGGAGCGAGACGACCAUCGGAGGACCCACACGGGAGAGCGCCCCUUCGCGUGUCCGGUCUGCCCGAAGACAUUCACCGCCGCCGCACGCUUGCGUGAACACUCACGCGUACAUACCGAUCAAAGGCCUUACCGGUGCGACAUUUGCGGCGCGGCGUUCCGGAGGCCGUACGCUCGCACCGUCCACACCCUCAUCCACACAGGACAGAAGCCUCACGAGUGCAACGUCUGCGGAACGGCUUUCAGACGGUCUGGUGAUAUGUGGAAACAUAAACGAACUCUGCAUGGACUGCAGCCUGAUAUGGAUCCUAAAUAAUAAUAGUUAAAGUUUAUUUUCCAAUAUUUUAUCUCGAUUGUAGUUUUAUUCAUAUUUUAUUAAUUCUUAAUAUGUUUCAUGAUAUUUAAGUAGGUACUAAUAAAUUUUAAAAUGAAAGGCAUUAUUCUUCAACAGUAAAUAUUUAUUAUAAAAAUUGCUCUUAUAGUCACAUUUCCGUCACUAUAAU